GCAGCCCAGGCGCCUGGCAGUGACUUACGCCGGGGAUCCUGGGGGAGAGAGAGGGAGCCGAGGCCACUUGCACUGCGUUUCCCGGCGGCGUCCACCCAGGCCUGCGUGUCUGCCGCGGUCGGAGGAGCUCGCGCUGGCGCCCCCUCCCUCUGGCUCUGGCUCACUUCGGGGUUGGCGCAGGUGGGCAAGGCAGGGCACCGCAGCUCUCCGGUUCCCACGAAGCCUCGCUUUCUCGGCCAGGGGGAGGGACCAUCCUAAAAAUAUGUAAAUAUCCAAGCGCUGUCUUAGGCUGGGGCGCCAGCCAAGGUCCCAGCGCCGCCUCGGGGUGUUUUACAUGAAAAUGAGAAGCCUGUCAGGAUCGGCGGCUCUUCACUCGGGGCAGCUCGGUGAUUAGCAGGAGACUGGGCGGCUGUCCUGCUUCCUGCCCUUCCACACCCGUUCUGCGUGUCCGCUUCUGAGCCGCGGUGCCGACGCGCGGGGUCGAUCGGCGGGCUCGGCAUCCUUGGCAGCCAUGGCUCCCGUCGCCGCCUGGGCCAGUAAGUAGGAGCACGCAUGUGGAGGGGGGCACAUGCGUGUCGCCGCCGCACACACCCACUCACCCACACCCACACGCGCGCACACCACCCGGAGCCUCGGAAGGAGGAAGAUUGACGAGGCGCCGCAGUCGCCGGGACAACUGGGCUCUUCCUGGAUUCCGCAGGAGCCCGCCUGCCUUGCCGCAGCUGCUGUCUGCAGAGCCUGCCGCGAUCCCUGUGCUCACGCGCCCCCCAUUCGAACCACGGGAAUGAGGACUGCCUCCCAGGGACUGCAGGGGAGGCCGAGCCAGCCUACGCCGGGGACUGCGGGCCGCACGGCUGAUAGGCCCGGGGGGACACGACUUGGACACUGUCAUCCCCACGCCUCGCGCUGAGCCGCCGGACGCGGUGGGGCUGCGGCCGCCCCUCCGGCUUCCCGGGAGCCGGAUCCCGGGUCAGCCUCGGAGGCCUGGGCUUCCUCAUUUGUUUGGGUCUUUUGUGCCGUGGCUCACAGUUGGCUAAGCACUCCUGCGCUGAAUCGGGCCAUUGUCUGCGCUCCCAUUGCUUUCACGCUGCAAGUCUCGGCGCCCCCACCCCGCCCGCCCCCUCCCCGCCUCCUCCUGGCCAGGGAGCCUCCUAACGUGCCUUUCCCCCCAGGAAUCUGGAAGCUAUAAGCCGGGCGGAUUGCAAAUGAAGUGUAAUGCAUUGUGGGACGUGUGUAAAAUCGGAGCCUUCGCCGUGGGGGUGUGGGGGGGCGUGGGGAGGGCCGGACCCGCAGCUGGCGGUGUAGACGCCGACGAGGAGGGGCUGGGAAAAUGUGCGCAGAGUCCGCCCGGGUCGUGCCCGCCUUAGACGGAUGAAGCAGCGCGCUGCGCCCCGGCGCUGAGGCCCCGAGGAUCGGGGCAGCAGGUCGCCCUCCCCACCAUGAAGAAGACCCGGAGCACAACCUUGCGGCGAGCCUGGCCUAGCUCGGAUUUCUCGGACCGGGCCUCGGACCGCAUGAGGUCCCGCAGCGAGAAGGACUACCGCCUGCACAAGCGCUUCCCCGCGGCCUUCGCGCCCCAGGCUUCGCGGGGCUACAUGACAUCAGGUGAUGUAUCACCAAUCAGUAUGUCUCCCAUCAGUCAAUCUCAGUUUAUUCCACUCGGGGAAAUCCUCUGCUUGGCGAUAUCGGCAAUGAACUCGGCAAGAAAACCUGUCACCCAAGAAGCACUGAUGGAACACCUGACAACUUGUUUUCCAGGUGUUCCAACCCCAAGCCAAGAAAUCCUGCGGCACACAUUGAACACCCUGGUACGGGAGAGGAAGAUCUAUCCCACUCCGGAUGGCUAUUUCAUUGUGACCCCACAGACUUACUUCAUAACUCCUUCCCUCAUAAGAACUAACAGUAAAUGGUACCAUUUGGACGAGAGGAUACCUGACAGGUCUCAGUGUACCUCUCCACAACCUGGAACCAUAACGCCCUCUGCCUCAGGCUGUGUCAGGGAAAGGACAUUGCCCAGAAACCACUGCGACUCUUGCCACUGCUGCCGAGAAGACAUGCACAGCAUGCACGCAUCCACUCUGCAGAGGAAAUCUGCCAAGGACUGCAAAGACCCUUACUGCCCUCCUUCUCUGUGCCAGGUGCCACCCACUGAAAAGAGCAAAAGUACUGUAAAUUUUUCUUAUAAGACAGAAACUCUCUCGAAACCUAAAGAUAGUGAAAAGCAGUCCAAAAAAUUCGGGCUCAAGUUAUUCCGGCUAAGUUUUAAGAAAGACAAGACCAAACAGCUGGCCAACUUUUCUGCCCAGUUUCCUCCAGAGGAGUGGCCGCUGCGCGACGAAGACACGCCCACUACCAUCCCUCGGGAAGUGGAGAUGGAGAUCAUUCGGCGGAUAAACCCGGACUUGACUGUGGAAAAUGUCAUGAGGCACACUGCACUAAUGAAGAAACUUGAAGAAGAGAAAGCGCAUAGGAGUAAAGCAGGAUCCUCUGCCCACCACAGCGGAAGAAGUAAAAAGAGCAGGACGCAUCGAAAGUCCCAUGGGAAGUCUCGGUCACACAGCAAGACGCGGGUGUCCAAAGGAGACCCUUCCGACGGUUCGCAUCUGGACAUUCCUGGUGAAAGAGAGUAUGACUUUUGUGACCCUCUGACCAGGGCGCCCAGGGAGGGCUGCUUCAUCAUCGAGCACAAAGGCGACAACUUCAUCAUGCACAGUAACACGAACGUGAUUGAGUCCCAUUUCCCCAUGACACCAGAAUGGGAUGUGUCCGGUGAAUUGGCCAAAAGGAGAACUGAGAUGCCUUUUCCUGAACCUUCCAGGGGAAGCUCACACUCCAAAGUGCACCGAAGCCACAGCCAUACCCAGGACCGAAGGUCCAGGAAUGAGAGACCCAGCAAAGCCAAGGAGAGGUCCAGAUCCAUGGAUAACUCCAAAGGCCCCCUGGGCGCUUCUUCUCUAGGCACACCCGAAGACCUGGCCGAAGGCUGUAGCCAGGACGACCAGACCCCCAGCCAGUCCUACAUCGAUGACAGUACUUUAAGGCCUGCUCAGGCUGUUGGUCAUCAAAGGGCUCUCCUUUCAUCCGCAAGCUAUAAAGAGGUAUGUAUUCCAGAAAUAGUUGGUGGCAGCAAGGAGCUUUCCAGUGCUUGUAGCCUCUUGGAGCCAGGCAAACCACCCGAGAGUUUGCCACCCUACGGGGAACUCAGCACCUGUCCAACCAAAACAGCCGCUGAUGACUAUUUCCAGUGCAACACUUCUAGUGAGACGGUACUCACCGCACCGUCGCCUCUGGGGAAGAAUAAGGAGGACCAUGCCACUCUGACCCUGGCAGAAGGCAUGAAAAAGCUGUCUCCCUCUGAUAGGCAGGCCCCGCAUUCCUCCAGGGAACCUGUCAGCCACAAGGAGGAGUCACCAAAAGGGUCAGGGGGGGGCCCUGCUGCUUCGGGUGGAGUGGCUGAAGGCAUUGCCAACGGACGCCUGGUCCAGCACCACGGUGCAGAACCCAGCAGCCUGGACAAGAGGAAAGAGAUAUUCAACAAAGACACACUGUUCAAGCCUCUUCACAGCACCUUGUCUGUAAACAGCUAUCACAAGUCAAGCCUGUCCCUCCUCAAAUCGCACCCGAAGACCCCUGCUGACACACUGCCAGGCCGAUGCGAGAAACUGGAACCGUCCCUGGGGACCUCGGCAGCACAAGCCAUGCCAGCUUCCCAGCGUCAGCAGGAGUCUGGAGGGAACCAGGAAGCCUCUUUUGACUAUUACAAUGUCUCCGAUGACGACGACUCUGAGGAAGGGGCAAACAAAAACGCUGAGGAGGAGAAAAAUAGAGAUGAUGUAGGCACCAUGCAGUGGCUUCUUGAGAGGGAGAAGGAAAGAGACUUGCAGAGGAAGUUUGAGAAGAACCUCACCCUCCUCACCCCAAAAGAAACUGACAGCAGCAGCAACCAGAGAGCCACCCAUUCAGCCCGGCUCGACAGCAUGGAUAGCAGCAGCAUCACCGUGGACAGUGGAUUCAACUCCCCACGUACUCGGGAGAGCCUGGCUUCCAACACAUCAAGCAUUGUUGAGAGUAACCGUCGUCAGAAUCCCGCUCUGAGUCCAGCCCACGGUGUAGCUGGGUCAGCCUUCAACUUCCGUGCGAGUACAGACCCCCCGACCAGCGAAGCUGAGAAAUUACAGAAACCUUCCAACUGCUUGCAAGCUUCUGUGACUAGUGUGUGAUAGUCCUUCUGCCUCAGAUCUUCUGUCUCAUUCAAUACAGCAAAGUUUACGACACUGGGACUGAUGUUUACAUCUUUGGAAAGACAAGCAUCUCAAGCACAGUUUUCGUGUUUACUUAAACUGUGCAGCUAAGUAGGCUAGGGCAAAAAAAAAAAAAAUCUUUAUUUCAGAGUAUUGCUUUUCACAUUUAUGGCUCUGUAGCAACUGAAUAGCAGUAGGGGUGAUAUGUAUACUUUGGCUUCACUAAUUGUAUCUGAGCACACAUAGGAAAGUCUAGACACUGUAAGUGGAAUAUGCGUUUUCAAUGUCAUGCAGUUGCCAAUUCCAUUUUUAAAAUGCCACAGAUGUGUGUUGCUCCCAGUCUGUGGUUCAGUGGGGCCACGGAACUGAUCUUUGACACUUCCCAAA